AGCUUCCUGGAAGGAGAGGCGCAUCCAGCGUCCUCUUCCCCCAUCACCCAUAUACUCGGGAUCUCCAAUCAUAUCUCUCGCCCCAACCCCUUCCGCAAUCCACAUACUUAAUUGCUUAUCUCAAUCUCUCUGCAUCCAUCUUUCAAACCAGCAGUGGCGACCUGCAGCUAGCUGCAACAGAUCGACGAAGCUGCCAUAACUGAAACAAGAUACAGUUGAAUUGAUAAUUAGCAUACAUAUCGAUAGAUAUAUAGCUAGCAUGGGAUCAUCGGCGGCAGGUGCGGGUGAUCAGAGCAGGGGAGUUCAGUUCGAGGACUAUUUUCCGUCGAUGGUGGAGCGGCUGGGGGCGGAAGGGUUCAUAAUGGAGCUGUGCAACGGCUUCCGGCUGCUGAUGGACGGGGAGAAGGGCCUCAUCACCCUCGACAGCCUGAAGAGAAACACCCUCCUGCUGGGCCUGCAGGAGCUGCGUGACGACGAGCUACUCUGCAUGUUGAUGGAGGGGGACUUGGACGGCGAUGGCGCUCUCAACCAGAUGGAGUUUUGCAUUCUCAUGUUCAGAUUGAGUCCCGCGUUGAUGAUGGAUGCUGGUAAUUCCAAUCUCUGGAUGAUGGAUGAUCUCAUGAUGAUAUAAUCAUCAUCAUCAUCAUUAUUAUUGUGACUUGCACUUAAUUAGCUGGCUACCUACCUACCAAAUAAAACGCACUGAAAAUUAAAAUUAAUUAACGGGCUUUUAUUAGAAUAUAUAUUCAUAUAGCCUGUUGAUCAAUUAAUCAUAUGAUGCCUGAAUAUGCAUGGUUAAUUUCUUCCUUGUAUUGCUGUUUGUGGUUAAUUAAGGAUAUAUGGAUAGUGAGUUGAUCGAAUGUUUGUGUUAUUCAUGAAUAAAACAAAUAAUAUUUGGUGGAA